AUGAAUGUCUUCGCAUCCCGUAUUGUUGGGCCCCUCCCGCCCGCCGUUGGUUUUCUUGUCAGCGUCGUCAACACUCUAAGCGCCCGCAUUGCCUGCGUUGCAUUGGUACGGGCGGCUCCCCCGGCCUCGUCUCGACAGAUCGACCUUUGCAACCGGCAUGGCACCCAGUUCGUCCAAGGCCGUCUUGACGAGGGCCAGACGGUCAACCAUCGCACCUCUGUCAGACUAUCCGCGGUGCGCCACCAAAUUGUGACAGGCUCAUGCAUCGUCAUGCAUCUCAAUAGAGCACCAGUCAGAAAACAAGCAGCUCUGAGCAGCAUGCAAAUGACCAAGCACUGACCGCUGACAAGAAUGCCUCAUCCGGACAUUUGCUUAGCCGAUUGCGG